AUGUCGCGCAAUUCUAUCGCGAUGGGGUACAAUAAUCGUGUCAGCCAGCAAUUCCAAGGCACUCAGCAACACGGUCGCGGUCGCAAGAAGGAGGAUGAGAAUGAUGCUCUCAUGCGCCUACCAGAUAAAGAGAUCGCAGGAUGUAUCAACGACAUUGGAAUCCCCUUCACCCUGGCCGACUUGGCCAAACCGAAUCCCCAACAAAUCCAGAUGGUCUUCGAGUGGUUUGCAGAGCUACUCAUGAACACAACCCGGGAGACCGUCGAACCUGCGAUGCACGCAGCCGCAGAAGAUCUAUGCGGCGACUAUCCUGACAUUGUCCCCAAUGAUACCCGAAAUCUUAUGGGUUUCUUCAUCAUGCUUCGAAAGCUAUUGGCGGAGUGCGGUGUCAACGACUUCACUUUUACAGAUCUGACCAAACCGACGCAUGAACGACUUGUCAAAAUCUUUUCCUACUUGAUUAAUUUCGUCCGAUUCCGAGAAUCGCAAACGCCUGUGAUCGACGAACAUUUCAACAAAACAGAAAAGACAAAAUCGCGCAUCGACGAGCUCCUUGCCGAAAACCAGGAAAUGGAACUGCGCUUGAGUGAGAUGCGGCAAGAUCUUCAAUCCAAUGAAGGGCACGUGAGAGAGAAAGUUGCGCGAAAUGAUGCGCUCAAGGCGCGGCUAUUGGAGCUGGGGCGAGAACAGUCACGAGUUGCGGAGACACUUGACCGAGUUAAGACGGAACGGGCCCGGCGGCAGCAACAAUUGGAAGAGAAAACAGAACGAACGGUCCGUUCUCGACAAGAGGCCGAGAAACUGCGACCUUACGUUCUUGAGUCUCCGGCAACCCUUCAAUCGUCUUUGGCGGAAUUAUCCGAACAAUUGAUGCGCGAGAAGGCCUCUAUUGAUUCGAUGGAAAGGCGAGCGCGGGCGCUUCAGACUUCCUCAGAUACAUUCACCGUUGUUUCCAACGACGUGCAAAGCUGUGUUAAGUUACUCGAUGAUAUCUCGACUGAGUUGCAAAAGGAGGAAGAGGAAGAAUCACGCGCCGCCAGGACAGCAGAAGCUAUUUCGGACAGGGGAAACAGCGUCCGCGAGGUCGAGCAGACCGAGAAGCUUUUGCAGCGUCAGAUAGCCCGUUGGGUUGAGCGAAUCGAAGCUCUUCAGAAGAAUGCACAAGAAAAAGCAGAAAUUGCGCAGGCACGUAUGGAAAAACUCCGCGGUGUUCAAAAGGAACUUCGCGAAGAGCGUGCUGAGAAACAACGUGAUAUGGAGCGGAGGCGUAUUCGCAUCGAACAGACAGAAAAGAAGAUGGCCGAUCUUAAGGAAAACAUCGAGAGCGAGAUCCAAUCAGCUCACGACCAGUACCUGAAGCUAGAGUCACACAUCAAACUGUACAUGACAGAGAUGGAGAAGUCUCUGUGA